AUGACUUCACAAACACGUCCUCCUACUGAAGCCCAAUUGGCCACAGAUCUGCCUGGAUUGACAGCAUACAUUACCGGCCACAAACCAUCCACAGGAGACACAACCAUUCAAGAGAAACGACCAGCAAAAUGGCGCUCGAUCGACAGCGGGGGCAUGACCUUCCACGAGGUCUUCACCACGUCUGAGUUUCCCGUCUCAAUGAACAACGAUAUCGACAUCAAGAAACACGACCAGCGGAUCAACUCAGGAAAGAUGGGCAUCGUCAACCCCAGUGGGACGGUCUUGAGAUUUGUCGACUUUGCUCCCGAGUUUGAAUCCAUGAUGCAUCGGACCAGGAGUUUGGACUAUGGGAUUGUGGUCGAAGGUUCCAUCGAGCUGAUCCUCGAUUCCGGCGAACGGCAGCUCCUGCAACGGGGCGAUGUCUGCGUGCAACGGGGCACCAACCACGCUUGGAGGAACCCAAGUAAGACUGACUGGACCAGGGUUGUCUACAUCUUGCAGGACUCACAGCCGGUUGAGGUGCAGGGUAAGCCUAUGAAGGAAUACCUAGGCCGAAGUGAAGGAGAGAUUCCUCCUAGCGGCAACGACAACUAG